CUCUUACCAGCAGUUACAGGCACCCACACAGACUUUUCUGCUAGAAAACCUUGACUCACUCUCCCACAGCCUGCGUGCACUUCAGAUCGCCCACCAGUCAGAGUGAAUUGUUUUUUAACCAGUAUAUUAUGGCUUCUUCUGCAUGGAUUCUGGUUCUGUAUGUGGCAGCACUGACAGUAACAAGUGUUGGUGCUGCUGCAAACAAACAGGCUGAGAGGAACUGCUCUUUGACUCCCCCGUAUCUCCCCAGCACAACAGUGAAUACCUCGCUCCAGCUGCAGCAGUUACGAGAACAAAUGCAAUCUUUAAGGAUCACUGCUUACAUUAUUCCCGGCACUGAUGCCCACUUGAGUGAGUACAUUGCAUCCCGUGAUGCCAGGUUGGCCUUCAUAACGGGUUUUACGGGCUCUGCAGGAACUGCUGUGGUGACACAGAGCAAGGCUGUUUUGUGGACAGACAGUCGUUACUGGGUUCAGGCUGAAAGACAGAUGGACUGCAACUGGGAGCUGGAAAAAGAUGCAUCCAUCAGCAGUGUGGCAGAGUGGCUCAUGUCUGAGUUGCCACCAGGAAGCCCAGUCAGCUUUGACCCUUUCCUCUUCUCUCUUGAGACGUAUCAGCACUACGCCUCCUAUCUGGAGUCAAGCAGUCUCCACCUCGAGCCUAAAGCUGUUAACCCAGUGGACGUUGUGUGGGAGGACAGACCUCCCCUCUCAUCUGAAAGCAUCUUCCGUCUGCCUGACAGAGUUAUAAAUAGAUCCUGGCAGAUGAAGGUGCAGGAAAUCCGCAAUUUGAUGAUGGAGGACUUAAACAAGCCAACAGCACUUCUGCUUUCAGCUCUGGAUGAAACAGCCUGGCUCUUUAAUCUGCGUGGCAACGACAUUCCCUACAACCCCUUCUUCUACUCUUACACUCUCCUCACACUGAAUGAAAUCUGGCUUUUUGUCCAUACUGAGCGGGUGACUAAGGAUGUGGAGGAAUACUUGACCGCCCAUUGUAGCGAUCCUCUCUGUGUGCAGCUGAAGCCUUAUGACUCUGUCCUUCAAGAUCUGAGGACAUACGUAGGCCAGCCGGGGGUUAAAGUCUGGAUCGGUACAGAAUAUACAAAUUAUGCACUUUAUGAGAUCAUACCACAGGAAAAAAUGAUCACAUCUACAUACUCUCCUGUGCUGACAUCGAAAGCUGUAAAAGACCAGACAGAAGAGCAAGUACUGAGGGAUGCUCACGUGAGAGAUGCAGUUGCUGUAAUCCAGCUGCUCAUGUGGCUGGAAAAGGCUGUGCCUCAGGGAAAUGAGACUGAGCUGAGCGCUGCAGAGUACGUCAAUAAAUGUCGCAGCAAGCAGAAGGACAACAGGGGUCCUAGUUUUGAAACGAUCUCUGCUAGUGGAGCCAAUGCUGCCCUCGCACAUUACAGCCCUUCAGUAGAAACCAACAGGAGGUUGACGGUUGAUGAGAUGUACCUGGUUGACUCUGGAGGCCAGUACCUAGAUGGAACCACUGACAUCACUCGGACAGUCCACUGGGGGACACCCACACCAAUGCAAAAGGAGGCCUUUACUCGAGUUCUCAUGGGAAACAUUGAGAUUUCUCGAACUGUUUUUCCUUCAGGGACAAGAGGUGUGAACAUAGAGAUGCUGGGUCGCAGAGCACUCUGGGAGGUGGGCCUAAACUAUGGUCACGGCACCGGUCAUGGUGUUGGAAACUAUUUUGGAGUUCAUGAGUGGCCAGUUGGCUUUCAGACCAAUAAUAUUCCCUUCAGAGUUGGCAUGUUUACAUCCAUAGAACCUGGUUAUUACAAGGAAAAUGAUUUUGGGAUAAGGAUUGAGGACAUUGCUGUGACAGUACCAGCUCAAACUAAGUAUGGCAACAACUACCUAACCUUUGACACAGUGUCGUUGGUUCCGUACGACAGGAAGCUCAUAGACAUCGCUCUCCUUAGCUCAGAACAGCUUCAGUGGUUGAACAAUUAUUACAUGACAAUUCGACAGCUGGUGGGUCCUGAGCUGGUGAAACAGGGGCUACACGAGGAGAACGACUGGAUGUUGAAAAACACGGACCCUUUUCCUGAGUUUGGCUCGUCUGCCUCCAUCUGUUCUUCCUCCCUGACCCUCAUUGCACUGGCUGUCACUCUUUUCCAUAGUGUUGACUGAGCAUCUAUUUGCACAUCCUGCUGCAUUUCACUGCAGACUCUCCAAAUAAACCUAUGCAGUCUUUACUGGGCAGCUAUAGGCUGACAGAUGCACAGCAGUUUGCAGCUUUUCUAAUGUGAGAUAGGUGGGAAGAUUUGAUUGUGUGUAAUUAUUGUUGAGAGUUUAGAUUAAUGCUUAAUGUGAUUUUUGGACGUGAUGAGUUUUUAAAUUGGACAUUUGUAUGACAAGCCAACAUGAUCUCUAUUUUAUUAAAAUAAGAUGCUUUUCAUGCA